AUGAGCUUCAGGUACGGUUUACAGACGUACCUUGCCAAUCCCGAGCAGGAAGGAGUAAUUUUUCAUGAUGAAAGAGUCGUGAUCAUCAGAGAUCUCUUCCCCAAAGCAUUGAGGCAUUACUUGGUGCUUCCUCGAGCCAAACCGUUGACUUAUAAGCAUCCAGUAGAUGGACUAGCAGAUUCAGCCGUUUACCAUGAAAUGGACGAGUACGUUGAAAAGGCAAAAGAUAUGAUCGUAGAAGACUUGACUAAGCAAGGGUACAUUGAAGAAAACGCUGCUGCACAGGAAACGUUCAGAAACACAUUCAUUAAAGCUGGUGUUCAUUCCAUACCGUCUAUGGCCAAUUUACAUGUCCAUGUAAUUACACAAGACUUUCAUCUGGAUAGAAUGAAGCAUAAAAAACACUACAAUUCGUUUACCACACCAUUUUUCAAGGAGUUUGACGACCUCAGACCUUCUACUCCAGACAACUACCUCAGCCCAGCAAGCGAUGCAGACUCCCACAGUGACGGCCUGCUAGAAGGACUCAUAAUGAGCAAACCUUCUAAAGACAAGAAGGCACGGCCUUCCAGGAACCUAGAUUACCAGCAUUUGGAGGCACUUAUUAAGUCUACCCCACUCAAAUGUGUAUAUUGCGGGAAGAAUUUCGGGAAUCAGUUCAAGCCUUUGAAGCAGCAUUUGGCGGAAGAAUUCUCACGCAAGUUCGGCAAACAAGCCUCGUUGAAUUCUUCCGAACCCAAAAAACAGGCUACCCUGUAA